AUGGGGCUCACAGAAGUAGAAGCAGCGAUAAAGCUGCAGGCAUUCACUCGAGGUGUAAUGAGUAGGAUAAAAGUCGCCGGUAUGCUUGGUUCCGUUAUCGAGGGUAUGCUGGAGGAGCAAGCGCCACCAGAUUCGAGAGAUGAUGGUAGUCAUUUUGGCAGUGUGGUCGACAUCGGUGAUGAUAUGAGUUUGGCAUCUGAUGAUUUCAACGCUGAUGAGUUGCAAGAAUACCUCGAGAGAAAGUAUGACGCACCAGCUGAAGAACCGUUGGCACCCGACGAUGAAGCAGAGAGGAUUGUUCGUCCAUCUGAGCGAAAAGAGUCCUGGAUUGUUCACAGUCCAUCGCAGGAGAAAACAAAACUUGGGACUCAGCCUUCAACUGAACGACGCGGUAGUGUGGGUGGUGUGAAGGAACGAGCGAGCAUUUUCAAUAGCUCGACUAGCAACAUGGAAACUGGAGAUGAUCUUGACUUCAAUCAUGGUACGCCUCCGGCGCAAGAUAAACAAAAGGUGAAGAAAAUCGGUGAAACCGUGACCAAACUCCUUAGUCCCAAGCGCAUGUCGGAUUUACCUUCUCCAUCAAGCAGACUAAAGAAUGCAAUACCCACGUCUGUUAGGCGAAACUCGUCGGCCAUACUAGACAAGGUAUCAGAUUACAAGACGUCCUUGUCGCCAAAAAUGGAGAGAAAGAAGAGGAACUUCCAAGUUCCCCGACGCAACUCUGACGCUUUCAUGGACAAGGUGACAGUAUUCAAGGACUUUGGUGACAAGAUGAAAACCGCGAAAGAUGCAAUGUCACAAAAAAAAAAAUUCAACAAGAAAAAUAAGUCGAAUUACGAUAUUGACACCCACAGCACUCCGAGGGCCAAAGACCUGCGAAAGAGCAUUGAAGCGGGUCUCUUCUUUCAGAACAUGGAGCUCCCAAAGAUUCAACCUUUGGAUGAACCAGAAGUUGAAGGUAUCAAAGCAAAGAUUGCACAACUAGGAUUCGACAAAGCCCGAACCGAUCCUGUCGAAGAGCUAAUCAAUAAGGAGCGAAAGGUGGAUGUUGCUGCUCGCCAAUACCUCCUGCAUAGUGCUGCGACAAAAAUUCAAGCUGUGGGUCGCGGUUUUCUGCAUCGUAAGAAGGACCAGGAGGCGAUGACGAGGGUGCAAAGAUGGUUGCAACAAAAUCAAGAUAUUCAAAAGGCAUUGACGGGAGAUCCAACAGAGAUAUCGGAGGAAGAGAGAGCAAGGGCAGUUGAAGAAUUUGCGAAAACCAUUGAAUGCCUCGUGCCCCCGGAACUAACAAGAGGUGCGAGCAGAGCUGCCGGUAUGGGAGUUUCUUUUGUUGCGGUGACGAAAAAAUUAUCAGUGCGAGAGCAAUCAAGACGGGAUGUGGGGGCCGAGCAUCCGUACAAAGCAGCAAGUUUCUCCACGCUUAAGAAGGCAUUUAACAACACCCAAGAAGAAGAAGCAACACCUGAGACUGCUGGGCAAGAAUCGAAGAAGAAACCAUCCAUCCGCUCGCGUCAAGAGCAGAUGAAUGCUGCUGCAACAAGUAUCGAAAAAAUUGCUAGGGGGUACUUAGUCCGAAAGUCAAAUUUUGGAGCAGCUGUUUCCGCACUCAACUGGCUCAAGGAAUACAAACUUCUGGAUGAACUAGAAGCAACAAAGAAACGUUUAUCUCAUGAUCAAAGCAAACUUGAUGGAGCUCUGGAUGCAAUCACCAAAGUGCAAUCGCAAUUACAUGGCUCUGCUACCAAGAUCCAGGCUAUUACUCGAGGUUACAUUGUCCGCAAGUUUGAUAUGAACACGAUGAUGAAUGUAAUGGAGUGGGUCAGGGCUUGUAAAUUGGAGAUAGAAGAAGAACAAGCUCCCCAGACCGAAGAGCUAGAGGACACAUGGGUAUUCCUCGAAAAUGCAAAUCGAUGGAUUCGUGAAGCCGAGAAACGACGGUCACAGCAGGUAGAUGCAGCUGUUGAUGACAAGAUCCCAGUUGAAGAACUGGAUGUGAAUGAGUUGUUAUCAACAUGGGAAUUCGUAAAACGAGACAAGUCGUCAGAAUCGUCGCAGGAACCGAAUGAGGAUCCAACCGACGAGGAUCUAAACAGACUACAGACUUGGCUGACGGAAAGUGAUUAUCCGUAUGUUUCCUCGUCUGACGAAGAUAUGCAACAGCUUUGGGCAUUCUUGGGCUCGACCGGAGUAAGUGUAGACAAAUUUCGCGGAGAAAACUGGGAUGAGGGCCAGAGUGCAGGCAUUAGCAUUGAGUAUAUUGACGAAGACCUUUCAAGAUUCUACGGGAUGGUGCCUUCAAUAAAGGCCUUGAUCGCGUACUGGAGUUUUACUCGAAAGCAUGACAUCGAGACUUUGGCUGCUACUCGCCAAGAGCUCGACGAGGAGAAAGGUCCGGAACAGCCUACGGAAGAAACAAGUCCAGUUCAAACUGAAAAAGAAUUGAAGCCUGAAAAGUCCGAAUCAAAACCAGUUGAAACUGAAAAAGAAGACGAGUCCGAAUCAAAACCAGUUGAAACUGAAGAAGACGAUUCCGAAUCAAAACCAGUUGAAACUGAAAAGAAAGACGAGUCCGAAUCAAAACCAGUUGAAGUUGAAAAUGAAGAAACUAAAACUGUUACCGACACAGCCUCCGACAGCGAGGGUAGCGUCGAGCCGCCAAAGCAGCCUAUGGUAAAACCGAAGAGGAGAACUGCUACUAAUAUUGAUGGCAUGAUGUCAUCCUUGAAAUGGCUCAAGAAGAAGGGGCUUGACCUAAAUCGAAUUAGUGGUGGAACAAGUAUUGCCAGGGCAAAGGCACCUGCAGCAUCAGGCACUCUUGCCAAAUUGCAGCAGAUGCAAGGCAAGGGCGCAAGUAGUUCCAAGAUACCAGAUGCGGGUCCGAAAAUGUCGAGUGCACUGAACUGGCUCGAGAAGAAGGGAUUAGACAUUAGUGAAAAUGUUUCGAAGCAGCUGGCUGCAGAUCCAACCCCCGAGGAGAUGACUGCAGUCGUGACGAGGAUGGAAAACAAGAAGGGUACCAAAAUCUUGAAGGCGCCGACUGCUGAAGAGAUGAAACAGACUAUGAAUUGGUGGAAGAUGCAAGAGUCAGUUAAAAAGCUGCAGAAGAAGAAGAAGAAGAAGAAAGCAAAAAGCAAAAAGGCAGAGACGGCGAAUCGGAAACAAGAAGCCAUGGACGAUAUUACACUCAAACCGCCGGCCCUCGCUUCAACAGACAGCAUGCAAUAUGCUUUAGCCUUUCUCCAAAAAACUGGAAAGGCAAACGGAGCCACAAACUCAAACAGCGGGAUCGAGAAAACUUUUGAAUUGAUGAAGAAGCAGGUUGAAGUAAAGAGGGAAUCAGAGAUAGCAUCAAGCCCUGAAAAAAAGCCGGCAGAAACAAAUCCUUCAUCUAACACAACGAAGGAGCCUUUAGAAAGUCAUUUUUAUGAGGCAGACGCAUUAGAGUGGUUGAAUACAGGAGAUGCUGAUAUACAAGAAGCUGCAUACUUCCAAAAGCUGGACAAAACUCUGCCUGGGAAAGAGACGCAAACAAAUCAGCAGAGAGCCAAGGAGAUUGCAAAAGCAAUGAAAUGGGUUGACAAACAGGGCUUCUUCGACGCCGAGGAGGAGGAAGAGAAGACCAACACCAUUAGCGAGGGAGCUGAGUCGAUCAGUGGCAGCGAUGACGACGAACCACCAAAGCCCCUUGCACCGCCCAAGGCUGUACAGAAAAAGGUUGAUGCAAAGUCAUCUAAGAAAAGCAAAAAAGAGGAAGUGCCCAAAACUUCAAAAAGCAAAGGGUCGCGAUCAAGGUCCAAAUCAAAGAAGGAAUCGAAACCACGGUCGCGCUCUCCAAAACCAAAGGAAUCAAGAUCAAGGUCCCCAUCAAGAUCGAGGUCCGCAUCUAGAUCAAUCUCUCCAGCACGGGCUGCAACGAAAAAGAAGAAGAAAAGUAAAGAUGGGAAGUCUUCAAAGAAUGCAGCAUUGCCGAGUGUGAAGUCGAUGCUCUCUCCAAGAAAGAAGAAAAAGACUUUGAUGGCAAUGAAAACAGGAGAACAGAAUCCGGAGAGAGACUAUGAACUCGCAGUCGUUUGGCUGACUUCUCGCGACGAAACAAUGGAAGAUGCGAAGUAUUUCAAAAAGCUCGAUGGCAUGGUUCCCCAGAAUCCUGAUCAUUCAACAGAGGAAAGAGCGAGGGAACUUGUAAAGGCUUUGAAUUGGGUGCGGCGAACUUCGGAAAAGAACAAGAAAAAACAAUCAGAUGAUGUGCCUAAACCAGCGAAAGUGAAAAAGCCCGCCAAAAUCAUGAAGUCUCCGAAGGGUCAAUCUUCGAAGAAAAAGGUGAAGCUAAUAAGGAAGGAGGACGACAAAGACAAGCCCAUGCUAAAUUUGAAAGACCUUGUUAAGGUGCAGAAGACGAGAAAGGCUGAAAGUGGCGACGUCGUCAAGACGUCUGAAUCAACGCCAGAACAAGAUUACGAAAACGCUCUCAAUUUCAUAAGAAUCAAGGAAGAAGGCGGGGACGUUAUGGGAUGCGAAGAUGCCAACUAUUUCAAGAAGUUAGACAAUAUGCUUCCGAAGAAAGGGACUUCAGAGGAGCGCGCCAAAGAGAUGGUCAAGAUGAUUGGCUGGUUAAGAAAGAAGGGGAAAGCGUAG